CUGGCAGCGGAGGAGGGAGGGCAAAAGGAAGAAGGGGAGAGAAAAAAAAGCUCGAAAGAGUGACUAAAGUAGAGAGAACGAGAGGGAGGAAGCGAGCGACUGUAGUUUAGCCCGGACUCUCUGCGAAGCUGCUGUCGACAGGAAAAGAAGUUUAACUCAAGGCGACGCUGACUGAAGCACCUGGUUGUUGUUAGCCACCCACCGAAGCAGCCAACAUGUCAGCCGCAGACAAGUUCCUGUACGUGGACCGCAACAUGGUCAACAACCCGCUGGCACAGGCCGACUGGGCCACCAAGAAGCUGGUCUGGGUGCCCUCGGAGCGCCUGGGCUUCGAGGCGGGCUCGGUGAAGGAGGAGUGCGGCGACGAGUGCGUGGUCGAGCUGGCGGACUCUGGGAAGAAGAUCAGGGUCAACAAGGACGACAUCCAGAAGAUGAACCCGCCCAAGUUCAGCAAGGUGGAGGACAUGGCCGAGCUCACGUGUCUGAACGAGGCGUCUGUGCUGCACAACCUGAAGGAGAGAUACUACUCUGGACUCAUAUAUACGUACUCAGGCCUCUUCUGCGUCGUCAUUAACCCCUACAAGAACCUGCCCAUCUACUCGGAGGAGAUCGUCGAUAUGUACAAGGGCAAGAAGAGACAUGAAAUGCCGCCGCACAUAUACGCCAUCACCGACACGGCCUACAGAAGCAUGAUGCAGGAUCGUGAAGACCAGUCCAUCCUUUGCACUGGAGAAUCUGGUGCUGGUAAGACAGAGAACACCAAAAAAGUCAUCCAGUAUCUGGCUCAUGUGGCGUCCUCUCACAAGACCAAGAAAGACCAGAACAGCUCGGUCCUGUCACAUGGGGAGCUGGAGAAGCAGCUGCUGCAGGCCAACCCGAUCCUGGAAGCGUUUGGAAACGCGAAAACGGUCAAGAACGACAACUCCUCCCGAUUUGGAAAAUUCAUCAGGAUCAACUUUGACGUCAAUGGUUACAUCGUCGGUGCCAACAUCGAGACUUACCUUUUGGAGAAAUCUCGCGCCAUCCGACAGGCCAAAGAUGAGAGGACCUUUCAUAUCUUCUACUACAUGCUGACGGGGGCGGGAGACAAACUGCGCAAUGAACUCCUCCUUGAGAAUUACAACAAUUACCGUUUCCUCUCCAACGGGAACGUCACCAUUCCUGGGCAGCAGGACAAGGACCUGUUCGUAGAGACCAUGGAGGCCAUGAAGAUCAUGAGCAUCCCGGAGGACGAGCAGAUCGGUAUGUUGAAGGUGGUGUCCUCUGUGCUGCAGCUUGGCAACAUGACCUUCAAGAAGGAGCGUCACACAGACCAAGCCUCCAUGCCCGACAACACCACCGCCCAGAAGGUGAGCCACCUCAUGGGCAUGAACGUCACCGACUUCACCCGGGCCAUCCUGUCGCCCAGGAUCAAGGUGGGCAGAGACUUCGUGCAGAAGGCCCAGACCCAGGAGCAGGCAGAGUUCGCUGUGGAGGCCCUGGCCAAGGCAACGUACGAGAGGAUGUUCCGCUGGCUCGUCAUGAGGAUCAACAAAGCCCUCGACAAGACCAAGAGACAGGGAGCGUCCUUCAUCGGCAUCCUGGAUAUCGCCGGCUUUGAGAUCUUUGAGCUGAACUCCUUCGAGCAGCUGUGCAUCAACUACACCAACGAGAAGCUGCAGCAGCUCUUCAACCACACCAUGUUCAUCCUGGAGCAGGAGGAGUACCAGAGGGAGGGCAUCGAGUGGAGCUUCAUCGACUUCGGCCUCGACCUGCAGCCCUGCAUCGACCUCAUCGAGAAACCUGCCAACCCUCCUGGUAUCCUCGCUCUGCUGGACGAGGAGUGCUGGUUCCCCAAAGCCACCGACAAGAGCUUUGUGGAGAAGGUCGGUCAGGAGCAGGGAACACACUCCAAGUUCUCCAAGCCCAAGAAACUGAAGGACGAAGCCGACUUCAGCAUCAUCCAUUACGCUGGCAAGGUGGAUUACAAGGCCGACGAGUGGCUGAUGAAGAACAUGGACCCGUUGAACGACAACGUGGCCACGCUGCUCAACACAUCCACUGACAAGUUUGUCUCUGAGCUCUGGAAGGACGUGGACCGCAUUGUCGGCCUGGAUAAAGUGUCCGGCAUGUCUGAGCCCGGUGCCUUUAAGACUCGUAAGGGAAUGUUCCGCACGGUGGGCCAGCUGUACAAAGAGCAGCUGUCCAAACUCAUGGCCACUUUGAGGAACACAAACCCCAACUUUGUGCGCUGCAUCAUCCCUAACCACGAGAAAAAGGCUGGCAAACUGGACCCCCACCUGGUUCUGGACCAGCUGAGGUGUAAUGGUGUGCUCGAGGGGAUCCGUAUCUGCAGACAGGGCUUCCCCAACCGCAUCGUCUUCCAGGAGUUCAGACAGAGGUACGAAAUCCUCACUCCUAAUGCGAUCCCCAAGGGCUUCAUGGAUGGAAAACAGGCCUGUGUGCUCAUGAUCAAAAGCCUGGAGCUGGAUCCUAACCUGUACCGGAUCGGCCAAAGUAAGGUGUUCUUCAGAGCUGGAGUCCUCGCUCACCUGGAGGAGGAGAGGGACAUGAAGAUCACUGACAUCAUCAUCAGUUUCCAAGCCUGGUGCAGAGGCUACGUCGCCCGCAAGGCUUUUUCAAAGAGACAGCAGCAACUGACUGCAAUGAAGGUGAUCCAGAGGAACUGUGCCGCUUACCUGAAACUCAGAAACUGGCAGUGGUGGAGGCUUUUCACUAAGGUGAAGCCCCUGCUUCAGGUCAGCAGGCAGGAGGAGGAGAUGUCGGCCAAAGAUGAAGAGCUGGUGAAGGUGAAGGAGAAGCAUUUGUAUGCCGAGGAGCAGCUCAAGGAUAUGGAAGUAAAACAGCAACAGCUAAAUGCAGAGAAGAUGGCCCUGCAGGAGCAACUCCAGGCGGAAACAGAACUGUGCGCUGAGGCUGAGGAGAUGAGAGCCCGGCUGGCUGCCAGGAAGCAGGAGCUGGAGGAGAUCCUCCAUGACCUGGAGGCCCGGGUGGAGGAGGAGGAGGAGCGUGCCUCGCAUCUAAUGUCGGAGAAAAAGAAGAUGCAGCAAAAUAUCUCAGAUCUGGAGCAACAGCUGGAUGAGGAGGAGACAGCCAGGCAGAAGCUGCAGCUGGAGAAGGUCACCAUGGAAGGCAGGAUGAAGAAGAUAGAGGAGGAUGUGAUGGUUCUGGAUGAUCAGAACAUCAAACUAGUCAAGGAGAAAAAGCUGAUGGAGGAGAGGAUCUCUGAGUUCACCACCAACCUGACGGAGGAGGAGGAGAAAUCCAAGAGCCUGCAGAAACUCAAGAACAAACACGAGGCCAUGAUCACCGACCUGGAGGACCGCCUGCGCAGGGAGGAGAAGCAGCGCCAGGAGGUGGAGAAGAACCGCCGCAAGCUGGAGGGCGACUUCACUGAUGUGCAUGACCAGAUUUCUGAGCUGCAGGCUCAGAUUACGGAGCUUCGCGCCCAACUGGCCAAGAAGGAGGAGGAGCUCCAGGCAGCUCUGGCCAGGAUCGAGGAAGAGGCAGCUCAGAAGAACCUGGCCCAGAAAAAGAUCCGCGAGUUGGAGGCUCAGAUGUCUGAACUGCAGGAGGACUUGGAGCUGGAGAGGCAGUCCCGUGUGAAGGCAGAGAAACACCGCAGAGAUCUUGGAGAAGAGUUGGAGGCCCUCAAGACUGAGCUGGAAGACACUCUGGACUCCACCGCUGCUCAGCAAGAACUCAGGUCCAAGCGAGAGACCGAGGUGGCACACCUUAAAAAGACUCUGGAUGACGACGCCAAAGUCCACGAGCAGCAGCUGUUUGACAUGAGACAGAAACACAGCCAGGCCUUGGACGAGCUCAAUGAGCAGCUGGAACAGGCUAAGAGGACCAAAGUGUCCAUGGAGAAGGCCAAGCAGGUUCUGGAGUGUGAGAAGAACGAGCUGACCAUUGAGACACAGACUCUGUGUCAGGGUAAAGGAGAGUCAGAGCAUCGCAGGAAGAAGGCUGAAGCUCAGGUCUUGGAGCUGCAGCGCAAACAUUUAGAGAGCGAGCAUCAGAGGAUGGAGCUGGCCGAGAAACUCACAAAAGUGCAGGCUGAACUGGAUAAUGUAACCCUCGUGCUCAGUGAUAUUGAGGGCAAGUCCAUCAAGGCCACCAAAGACUGCUCCGCUGUGGAGUCCCAGCUGCAGGACAUUCAGGAGCUACUCCAAGAAGAGACGCGCCAGAAACUGUCUCAGAACACACGUGUGCGCCAGCUGGAGGAGGAACACAACAACCUGAAGGAACAGCUGGAGGAGGAAGAAGAGGCCAGGAGAAACGUGGAGAAGCAGCUUAUGACAGUGCAUGGUCAGUUCGCUGACUUCAAGAAGAAGGUGGAGCAGGAGGCCGGCUGUCUGGAGAGCGCAGAGGAAGGAAAGAAGAGGCUUCAGAGGGAACUGGAGGGAGUGAUCCAGCGCCUGGAGGAGAAGUGCGCUGCCUUUGAGAAACUGGACAAAACCAAGACGCGUGUGCAGCAGGAGUUAGACGACAUGAUGGUGGACCAGGACCACCUCCGACAGAUCGUCUCCAACCUGGAGAAGAAGCAGAAGAAGUUUGACCAGAUGCUGGCAGAGGAGAAGAACAUUUCAGCCCGCUAUGCAGAGGAGCGUGACCGAGCUGAGGGCGAGGCCAGAGAGAAAGAGACCAGAGCGCUGGCUUUAACUCGAGAGCUCGACACUCUGAAGGACACCAAGGAAGACCUGGAUCGAACUAACAAACAGCUGAAGGCUGAAAUGGAGGACCUCGUAUCCUCUAAGGACGACGCCGGCAAGAGUGUCCAUGAGAAGGAGAAGGCCAAACGUGCCAUGGAGGUGCAGCUGGAGGAGAUGAAGACGCAGCUGGAGGAGCUGGAGGAUGAACUUCAGUGCACAGAGGACGCCAAGCUGCGUCUGGAGGUCAACAUGCAGGCCAUGAAGGCUCAGUACGAGAGAGACCUGGCAGCACGGGACGAAAUGAGCGAGGAGAAGAGGAGGGCGCUCAUCAAACAGGUGCGAGAGAUGGAGCUGGAGCUGGAGGACGAGAGGAAGCAGCGCUCUGCAGCCGUGGCCUCGCGCAAGAAGCUGGAGCUGGACCUGAAGGAGCUGGAAGCGGGCAUCGACAUGGCCAACAAGAACCGCGACGAGGCUAUGAAACAGCUGAGGAAACUCCAAGCCCAGAUGAAGGAGCUGUUCAGGGAGCUGGAAGACGCUCGCAUGUCCAGAGACGAGAUCCUCGCUCAGAGCAAGGAGUCGGAGAAGAAGCUGAAGAGCAUGGAGGCCGAGAUGCUCCAGAUGCAGGAGGAAGUGGCAGCUGCAGAGCGAGCCAAGCGACAGGCUCAGCAGGAGAGAGACGAACUGCAGGAUGAGAUUAACAACGGGACCUCCAAGAGUGCUCUUGUCAUCGAGGAGAGGAGACGGCUGGAGGCUCGUAUCGCUCAGCUGGAGGAGGAGCUGGAGGAGGAGCAGUGCAACACGGAGCUGACCAACGACAGGCUGAAGAAAGCAAUGCUGCAGUCUGACCAGAUGAAUGUGGAGCUGGCAGCAGAGCGCAGCAGCUCUCAGCGUGUGGAAGGGGCACGUUCUCAGCUCGAGCGUCAGAACAAGGAGCUGAAACUGAAGCUGCAGGAGCUGGAGGGAACCGUCAAAUCCAAGUACAAAGCCAACAUGGCUGCCCUGGAGGCCAAGAUCAUGCAGCUGGAGGAACAACUGGACAUGGAGACCAGGGAGCGGCAGGUUGCCACCAAGAUGGUGAGACGCUCUGACAAGAAGCUGAAGGAAGUCAUCCUGCAGGUGGACGACGAGAGACGCAACACGGAGCAGCACAAGGACCAGGUGGACAAGUUGAACUCUCGCGUGAAGCAGCUGAAGCGUCAGCUGGAGGAGUCUGAGGAGGAGGCUCAGAGAGCCAACGCCAACCGAAGGAAACUGCAGAGAGAGCUGGAGGACGCCAUCGAGUCCUCAGAAGUCAUGAACCGAGAAGUGAGCUCCCUGAAGAACAAGCUGAGACGUGGCGACCUCCCCUUCCCCAUCCGCCGCGCUAUCACUCGCCCUGGCCCGGAAAGCGACGAGGAGAGCGAGCCGAAGAGCGAGCCGAAGAGCGACACCUCUGAGCCAAAACCUGAAUGAAGAGCCACAGCGGCGCUCGACUCUUACAGAAGAAAACAAAACAAAAAAUAGAAGAAGGAAGUGCAUCACAUACAGACAGACCCGAAUCACACGAGCUCACAUUACUGUACCUACUGACAGCACAGAUAAGGAUGGUGUUAAAACUAAAGAGGUUUUUAGUCCUGUGACAGUCUGAUCGAUACAACACGACAAUCUAUGCAUUCUCACACACACACACACACACACACACACACACACACACACACACACACACACACACACACACACACACACACACACACACACACACACACACACACACACACACACACACACACACACACACACACAAGCCAGUUAACUCGGACAAUCACCAUGCUGACAAACGCAUUUAUUUUUGGGCCAAAUUGUUUUUUGUUUUGCUUCAUUUUUUCAUUCUCUGGGACAAAAAAACAAAGAAAGAAAAAGAUAUUUUUAUAAGGAAACAUUCCAAUUAUGAGUAGUCCUGAUGUGGGAUCUAUUUUUCUAAUUGAAGAAAGAAAAACAGAGUGAAGUUCUACGUACAGGAAGGGUGAUUACCGGACGGGGACCAAAGUAAUAUCUCGAUCUAUAGAAUUGUAUUUUAUGCAGACUUUUUUUUUUAUAUAUAUAAUGGUUAAAAAUGGAAGUUCUUCUUCUUCUUCGUGUUUAUUAUGCUCGCGCUCUCGCCUCAGUUUAUAAUGACGGUUAAAAAUGCUGACAUGUAUCCUAUCGAUUUAGCUGCAGUUAGUACUCUGACUUUUGCUUUUUGGGCUUAACAAUGUGAUGCACACAUUUCAUGCAGAAGCUAAAUCCUGAGGCAGAAUUCAGGUAAGAAAUUGGAGACUCUGAGGCGUAUUGAAGGCAUUUAUUUGAUUGUGAAUGUGCGGAAAUUUCUUCAUUUUGCACUGAGAUGGAAAAAAAAAAAGAAGCUUAAGCCUCGACAUAUAAACCACUGCCUUUGUGCGCUUCAUUGGAAUGACGACGAAGGAGCUCAGAGUGCCAACACACACUAAGGCCUUAAAUGCGUCUGAAAUCUUCCGUGCAGUCGUUGGCUUCUCAUCUGGACGUGCAUUCGUUUUUAUUUUUUAUGUUCUUCACUAUCAGUGUUUUUUUUUUUUAUGUUAAUGUAGAAGGUGGCGUUUAAACGGUGGUGGGGUUGUUUAUUACUCAGCACACACUGUAUUCUCAGAGCACCGCUUGUUAAGGGGUGGAUCAUGAAAAAAAGGUAGUGGAGCAGAGAAACAGUUUUUAAAAUCAAGUGUGUGAGGAUGAUGUUAACCCCUCGCGGGCUGUGCUCUGGGGAGGGGAGGGGGGGGGCGGCUUUCGGCUCACACUGCUGGGAAGUGAGAGGAACGUGUUGUUAAGAAUAACAGCUCGCAAAAUUAAACCUUUCGCACUUAAGAAACGAAAAAUGGAAAAAAAAUGCAACUCCCAACUCUUCUACAAUGUUUGUCUGUCUGCACCUCUGGAAUGGAUCUCAUGUUGUGAAAUGUUGGUGUUAUUGCAAAUAAAGAGGCUUUCUAAACUGCUA